UUUUUUUCAAAAGUACUACAAACAUCCAUUUUGUAAAGUGUCUCAGGGUGGUCUUGUCUAUGAGGAAUUUUUUUCUCAUUGCAUCGCAUAUUUGAGGAAUUUUCUCAAUCUCCCGGACUUUGACACGUAGGUGGAAUUCAAGCUGGAUUUGUGAACUUGAUCUUAUUCUAAACCGGACUUACUGGAGGCAGUAGAUGCUACUGUAACGACUUGGAUUGGAAUAGGACUCUACUCUUCUGAAUUCAGACUAAACAUUAGCAAGGAUGGAGGAAAUUUCUGGUACUUUACCGAUUGCCGAACAUUCGGCAGCUGGUUUUAACUACGACGAUUUAUUCCCGGCUCUCCCCGAGAGUUCAACCCCGGCACCGCCAAUCCAUAAUGCAACAACCAUGAGAGUUGGAAGCAGCGUUGUGACUCAAGUGUUUCGUGUCCCGUAUAGCGAGCGCAAGUUUGAUUCGGAGAAAUUUGGUGAAGGUGAAUCUCUGCGCACGUGUCAGAACAUCAUGAAGGACACUGGGGCACAUAUUGAGAUUUCAAGUGGAAAGGAUCUCUCGUUGACUUUCUUGAUUUCGGGCAAGCAUUCGGAGGUUCUUGAUGCACGUCGCAAGAUUCUCGUUCACUUCCAAACGCAAGCGAGUAAGCAAAUUCCCAUCCCGAAGGAGCAUCAUCGGUGGAUUUUGGGGAAGAAGGGUGAACGUCUCAAGGAGCUGGAGAAGGUGACGUCUACUAAGAUUUCCGUACCCAAUAUCUCCGAAGAUAGUGACCUCAUUACAAUUGCUGGCACAAAGGAGGGCAUCGAGAAGGCAGAACAUGAGAUAAAGACCAUUAGUGAUGAGCAGAGUCGCAAGGCAAUGGAGAAGAUUGUUGUGCCGAAGGUCUAUCAUCCCUUUAUUCUUGGUCCCUUCAAUGAGAACCUCAAUAAGAUGAUUGAGGAGACUGGGGCACGUAUUAACGUUCCACCGCAGUCCGUGAUGAAGGAUGAGAUCAUCAUUACGGGUGAGAAGGAGGGCGUUUUUGAGGCCAAGUCUCGCAUUGAGGCGAUCUACAAGGAGAUGGAGAGCAAGUGCACAACGGUGAGCAUGGAGGUGCCACGAGAGCAGCAUAAAUAUGUGUCGGGAAAUCGUGGAUCGACCAUUCAGGAAAUUCUCCAACUCACCGGUGUGUCCGUUGAAAUUCCACCCAAUGAUUCCACCACGAACACCAUUAUUCUGCGUGGACCGCAGGAGCAUCUGGGAGAUGCCCUGAGUACGGUUUGUGCUAAAGCCAAUAGCGUCAAGAGUGUGCAGAUUAAUGCACCAGCAUGGAUCCACAAGUACAUCAUUGGACGCAAAGGGGCAAACAUUAAGGAGCUCAGUGCGGAAUUUGUCAAUGUUCACGUUGAAUUUGGGGACAAUCGUAUCAAGAUCGAAGGUCCACCUGAUCAGGUGAACAAGGCUAGUGAGCAGUUGUCCGCAAUUGUCGAUGAUUACGUGAAUAAGCUCACAUACCGCGAUAUGACUGUCAAUCCGAAGCACUACAAGCACAUCAUUGGUAAGGCUGGUACGAAUAUUAAUCGUUUGAAGGAUGAGCUGGAUGUGGUGAUUAAUAUUGAGGAGAAGGAUGGGUUGAAUCGCAUCCGGAUUGAGGGUCCCAUUGAUGGGGUGCUCAAGGCGGAGAAGGAGCUAACGGAGAAGAUUGAAAAGUUGGAGAAUGAAAAGGAAAAAGACGUAAUAAUUGAUCAUCGUCUCUUCCGCACAAUUAUCGGUGCAAAGGGGGAGAAUAUCAAGGAGAUUCGCGAGCGCUUUAAGCAGGUGCAAAUUAUGUUUCCCAAUCUCAAUGAUAAGACAGACAUCGUGAAACUCCGUGGGCCCAAGGAUGACGUUGAUCGGUGCAGUAAGCAUUUGCUCAAAAUUGUCAAGGAUCUUCAGGAGUCAUCAUUCAUUAUGGAAUUGCCAAUUUUCAAGCAAUUCCACAAGUUUAUCAUUGGGAAAGGUGGUGCCAACAUCAAGAAGAUUCGCGAUGAGACACACACGAAAAUUGACUUGCCAGCCGAAGGGGAUGAGAAUGAGGUGAUCAUGAUUACGGGAAAGAAGGAGAAUGUUCUGGAGGCACGUGAUCGCAUCAAGAAGAUUCAGGAUGAGCUGAGUGAUAUUGUGACUGAGGAAAUUGUAAUUCCGCCAGAAUAUUAUAACUUUAUCAUUGGUGCUGGUGGUAAGCUCAUCUCUUCCAUCAUGGAGGAAUGUGGGAAUGUGUCAAUAAAAUUCCCAAGUCCCGAAUCGAAGAGUGACAAAGUCACAAUUCGCGGGCCAAAGGAGGAUGUGCAGAAGGCGAAGCAACAACUAAUUGAGAUGAGCAACGAACGUCAGCAGAGCUCCUUUACGGCCGAAGUGCGUGCAAAGCAGCAACAUCAUAAAUUUCUCAUUGGUAAGAAUGGGGCAUCAAUUAGGAAGAUUCGUGACAAUACGGGGGCACGUAUUGUCUUCCCAACAAGCACCGAUGAGGAUAAGGAGGUGAUCACCAUUAUUGGGCGCAAGGAUAGCGUAGAGGCGGCACGGCAGCAACUUGAGCUUAUUAUCAAGGAUAUUGAUAAUAUUGUUGAGGAUGAGAUCACUGUGGAUCCCAAGCAUCAUCGGUACUUUGUGGCAAAACGCGGUGAGGUGUUACAUCGUAUUGCUGAGGAAUGCGGUGGUUUGCUCAUCUCCUUCCCGCGUCCGGGUGUCGAUAGUGAUCGUGUGACACUCAAAGGGGCACGAAAUUGCAUUGAUGCAGCCAAGCAGCGCAUUCAGGAGCUCAUCCAUAAUUUGGAAAAUCAGGUGACAAUUGAAUGCGUAAUCCCACAGCGUCAUCAUCGUACUGUUAUGGGAUCACGAGGGCGAAAGGUGCAAGAGAUCACGGCACGGUAUGAUGUGCAAAUUAAAUUCCCCGAUCGUGAGCUCAAUAGUGCUGAAUCAAUGACGGAGCUCAAUGGUGGCGAUGGGGGUGCCACUGGUGGUGCUCCAGCUGAGGAGGCUGGUGUCCGUACGUGCGAUGUGAUCAAGAUUACGGGCAAUAGUGAGAAGUGCGAAGCCGCCAAGCAGGCACUAUUUGAUUUAAUUCCCAUCACGCAGGAAAUUAAUGUUCCCUUCGAUUUGCAUCGGUCAAUUAUUGGGCAAAAGGGGCAGAAUGUGCGUGAGCUAAUGCAUCAGUAUGAUGUACACAUUGAACUUUCACCGCCUGAUCAGAAGUCCGAUGUGAUUAAGAUCACUGGGGCGGCUGCAAAUGUGGAGGAUGCCAAGGAGGCCGUACUGAAGCGUGUUGAGGAGCUGGAGCAAGAUAGGAAGGAUCGUGAGCUGCGAUCAUUUGAGCUAAAGAUUGAAAUUGAUUCAGACUACCAUCCCAAGAUUAUUGGACGCAAAGGGAAUGUCAUCAAUCAAAUUCGUGCUGAUCACGGUGUACAGAUUUCCUUCCCUAAGAAAGAUGAUGCAGCUGACAAUAUUAUCACCAUCCAGGGGUAUGAGCACGCUGCGUAUGCAGCUCGCGAUGCAAUAAUGAAAAUUGCAAAUGCACUGAAUAACCUCGCCAAGGAGACUGUAGAAGUUGACGUACGCAUCUAUCCGCGUCUCAUUGGGCAACGUGGACGCAAUAUUCGGCGCAUAAUGGAUGAAUUUAAGGUUGAGGUGAAAUUCCCCAAGACAGGUGAUGCAAAUCCGAAUGUUGUCACAAUUGUUGGCAAUGAGGAUGCAGUGGCUGAGUGCAAGGAUUACAUACUUAAUCUUGAGGAGGAGUAUCUGCAGGAUGUGGCAGAUGCACAGCCGGCCUAUCAGCCAAUGAGUGUGAGUGACGUGUUUGAGGAGGCGCUCACGAAAAGUGGCCUUAAUCAUCGCUCCGGCGGCGAGUCUGCUGGUCAGCCGCCCAAGGGUUUCGUGGUGAAGGGGGCCCCAUGGCAAAAGAAGGCACCCAAUACGUCCUCACAUGAGGAUUUCCCGGAUUUUGGACUGGGAGCCAAUACCCCCGCCACCAAUGAUACUCCAACUCUCUCCUCGGCCUGGGGGCUUCCGCGCUAAAUGAAGAAAAAAAGAAGAAGAAGCAAGCAGAGGAAGAAUGUGGACUGGGGGGGGAUUCAUCACAAAGAUCCGUAAGUUGAAUGACAAUAUUUUUUUUAUUUAUCAUUUUUUUCAUGCAAUUUGCAAGCAAAUUUUGCUAAUUUGUGUGAUCAUUAUGUAAUGCUGAUAAUGCACAUAAAUAUUUACAACAUCAAAGUCAGUUUAGGAGAAAAAAAUCAUGAUAAGAAACUCCUCCUCCCUUGUUGCUGAUAAAGACAAAAUGUUGCCAUAGAGAAAAUCAAUUAGAUUGUGCAGCAGCCUGAUGGAAUUAUUAUUGAUGCUGGAAAGCAUAACUAUGCUGAUUUUCCUCAAUUUCUCAGACAAUCUUGACUUCUUAAGAUUUCUCAAGUUUUUUUUUUAAGGAUAACUUAAGAUGUUUUAAGUUUUUUUAAGCGAAAGUAAAGAGUUCUUAAGAAAUUUUGAGAUUUCAGGGCGGAAUUCACUAAUCAGUCGGAUUUAAAAAUUUACGUCGGUUUUUAAUUCGAUCUUAAGGUUUUCAGUCAGUUUUUUUAAGUCUGACUUGAAAAUUUUAAGUCAGUCCUAAAGUUUGUAAGUCGGUCCUAAAAUUUUUGAGUCAGAUUAACAAAUUGCAUAUUUUUCAAUAAAUUUUACAAAUUUUUAUGUUUAGAGAUUGUCAGAUGCACUUAUUAAAACUUAAAAAAUUGAAAAGUUUGCUGAUUACACUUAAUCUGACUUAAAAAUAUCAAGAUCGACUUACAAAUUUAAGACCUAUUUACAAAUUUGUAAGUAAGACUUGAAAAAACUGACUUAGAACCUAAGGUCCGACAUAAAUUUUAAGCCCGACUUUUAAUUUUCUAAAGACUAUUUAUGUGUCCUUAAGAAAACCUCAAGAUUUUUUAAAAGGAUUCCUAGACGAAAGUUUAAGAUUUCUUAAGUCUAACUCAAUCGGGCUAAACGCAUUUUUUUUCAAUGCCCAAAGAUGAUCAAGAAAAAUAUCGAGGACUACAUUGUAAAAUAAAAACGGCUAAGUCGGCUAACUUUGUAUGGGCUCAAUGUAGCCAUUCAUAUGAAAUUUAGCCCGAUUCAGCUUUACUUAAGAAAUCCUAACUUUCAUCCAAGAAUACCUACUUAAAAAAUCUUAAAUUUUUCUUAAGAAAAAUUGAGAAUUCUUAAGACAUAAAUAAAUAAAUCUUUAGAAAUUUUAAAAUUUUUAAUCUUAACUUUUGCUUAAGAAAACUUAAGAAAUUCUUUAAAAAAUCUCUAUAAUCUUAAGAAAUCUUAAAUUUUACUUAAGAAAACUUAAAGCAAACUUAUGAUUGGAAAAAAAUUCCACAAUAUUUAAUUAGAAAAUUACAUUUUAUUUAUUCAACAAAAGGAGUCUAUUCAUUUUUAGAAUUUUUGUCGUUUUAAAGCAAAUGGGUUUUUAUCCUGAUUUUAAUUAUUCGAAUCUUUGGAAAUAUUCGGAAUAUUUGUUAAUAUUCACAUGCUUCGCUAAAGAAAUCCAAAUAUUAGUUUUUUGUCUCAAAAUAGUUCAGAUUGAGGAGCACAGAAACAUAAAGGGCUCUCGGGGCUCUCGGGUUAGGUCCCGGAGCCACACCAACUUGCGUUGGUGCUCCUGUCGCAUCGCCUCUUUUUCUGAAAUAUUAAAAUUAAAAUAAAUUAGGAACACAAAAAUUAAUUUUUAUUAUAAAAUAUUUUCAGUCCCUAUUAGACCUCGGUCGCUAUCGGGCGUAUAUAAAAAUCAGUCCGCGCUAAAGUGAAUAAAAGUGAAAAAUUGUGAAGUGGCUGCAAAGUGCAAACCCCACAAACCUUACUCAAAUUCCUCAAUAAAUCCUUCCUUUUCUCUAAAUUCAAAAAUAAUUUUUCUAAAUAAAUAAAUAAUAUAUCUUGCCCUUGGGGGGGCUCCCCCCAAUGGAUGUAUUAACGGACAUUCAUAAGGGAGGUUUUCCCUCCCUUACAACAAAAACUUUCUUUAAUACCCAAAAAUUUGGGAAACACCUGUUGGUUACCAAUGGUAACAAAGAGCUAAAGAAACUGAAUGUGUUCCAAGCCUAUGAUGCUCUUCAGGUGCUCUCCCCUACGGGGAUUGCCCACGUGUCUUGGCUCCCGAGUGGCGACUUUUUAAUCACUCCAAAAUCCCAAGAGGAUUAUGACUCAAUCAAGAAGACAACAUCCAUGGCUGGUAUCAAGGUCGAGGUAAAGGAGGACAAGAAAAAUGCUGUUCAAGGUAGGAUCCAUUGCAAAUAUUUAAUUGGCAUCGAGAAGAAGGAGAUCUUGGAGCGCCUCGCGUCCCAAAAGAUCACCGACAUCGAAUGCAUGAAGACUCGCGAUGCAUGCGGGAAACUUGUGGACUCCCCUGUACACUUGCUCACUUUUGAUCUUGAUGAGGUCCCUGAAACAAUUGAUGUCGGUUUUUUGCGUGUUCCCGUCCGGUUACACGUCCCAUCACCAAUGAGAUGCCCCACAUGCUUUGUGUUGGGCCACACAAAAAAGUGGUGCAAAAUUGAAGAACCAGUAUGCGGUCGGUGCGGAUUAAAAUUGAGUGCUCACUCUGAACAACCAUGCAAAAAUCCCCCGUCUUGCGUAAAUUGCCACGGUUCGCACCCGAGCUAUGAUCGUCUAUGCCCCGAAUACAUACUCCUCGAGGGUAUCAACACUAUUAAAGUCACUGAAAAAGUAUCACUUGGUACAGCAAGAAAGCUCUUCUUCCAGAAGUAUGGAUCCAAACCUACGGUUAUCGACAGAAUAAACCAGUUGGGUUUGAAAUCUUUCGCUGAAGUUGUUAAGCAAUCCCCUCCACUCACACACAAAGGCCCUAAUGCAACAAACUCCAAACACCACACUGAUACAUCUGCACAUCAAUCCAAUCCGGAAAAUCCACAAGAAUUACAAUCUCAUAAUGACAAUAUCACACAAUCAGAUGCACAAAACACACAUGAGGCGAAAACAUCCAAACACACAAAAAAUGCAGAAUCACACACCCAGAAAAACUCAUCCCCAAAAUCAAAAAACAAGACACCAAAAA